AUGUUUAAAGGAUCCCACAAGCCCGCGUUCUCCAACGACGCGUCUCUACAAGUUGAAAAUCACGGAACGGCACAAUACCCGUUUCGCCUCAAUUUCUAUGAUAAACCUCCGCUUUACGAUGUUACCAUAGAAGAUUUGGAAAUUUGUGCGCUUGAUCGUCUUCGCAUACUUGCAGAAAUAGAGUCCUCAGCAGCACGGAAUCGAUCAUGGGAAGAGACAAAGUCCUUCACUAUGGCACAAUGUUCGAAGUACCUCCCUUUGAAUGCCAAUUCCGCUCGAACGGACCUGCAUUCGGAACGGAGGAAGGACCAUUUGGGGCAUUUUGUAUUGAGGCUUGCUUUUUGCCGUUCGGAGGAUCUCAGAAGACGUUUCAUCAAGGCAGAGAGCACUCUCUUCCGAAUUCGGUUUGAGACUGAUGAUGGGCAGGAACGGAGACAGUUCCUGAGUUCGAGGGAGUUUCGCUGGACAGCAGUUGACAACGCGGAGAAAGAAAAAUACAAGGCAGAGCUCAAGGCAAACUACCAGGGAUUUAGAAAUGAAGAUGAUAAAGAGCGUGCUUUCGCACAAGAAAACUACUACAAGGUCAGAUGGACCCGCGUUCCCGAUCUAGUCGAGAAGCGAAAGGUUUUCCUCAAGGGAGGUUGGGCCUAUGUUCCCUCGCGCGACCAAUCAAGUAUUGCAUAUCAAGAGUUUGAGGAUCAGUUGGGGAAUGCCUUACAAAUGACCGCGAAAGCCCUCCCAAGGCUAGAUGAAGAUAAUCGCUUACUUCCUAUCCUCAACAACCUUUCUCAAGGCUUCGUAGCCGGUGUUUCGUCCGACUGGGUGGCACCAUCGAGUGAAGGAAACGAGGAUCAAGUCAGAGCCGAAAUGGUCGAUGAACUUGCCCAGAAGCAUUUCCCACUGUGCAUGCGCAAUUUACAUCAAAACCUGAAGAAAGACCACCAUUUGAAGCACUUUGAGCGUUUAACGUAUGGACUGUUUCUGAAGGUACUCGGUCUCUCAGUCGAAGAAGCUAUCAUCUUCUGGAGAAAGUCUUUCGUCGGGAGCCAUGUAAAAGAUGACAAAUUCAACAAGGAAUAUAAAUACAAUAUCAGGCAUUCUUAUGGUUUAGAAGGACGGCGGGCAAAUUAUCCCGCAAAGAGUUGCCAACAGCUAUUGAUGGCCGAAAGUUCCUCAUAUGGUUGUCCAUAUCGAAAUUUCUCUCCAGAAAACCUUCAGAGUGCCCUACUAUCUGCCUACUCCUCGCAGGGUCUCACAUCUAGCGACUUGCCCGAGAUUAUGCAGACGGUGAGUGCUCGGCAUUAUCACGUUGCAUGCACUCGUGUGUUCGAGACUACACAUGCCAAGAGUGGUGUAAAGAGAGGUGAAGGAGUUGGAGCAGGGGAGAGUGUAACACACCCUAACCAGUAUGCAACAAAAAGCAUGGAAAUGGAGAAACAGAGGAAGGACAGUAUGGAUGUGAAAGCAGAGAUGGAAAUGGAGGUAGACCUCUAG